AUGCCCAACGAAUCCAACCAAGACAAAGGCGCCACCGGAGCUGCCAAAUUCGUCACUUCCACACUUGGAAACACACUCGGCGGUGUCACCCGCACAGUGGGUGGAGUAGCAGGUACAGCCGGGCGAGGUGUCGGCGAUACCAUCACAAGCGCGACGGGGAGCGCUGGCGAGCCGAUUGGGAAUGCGCUCGGUAAUGUAGGCUCGGGUCUUGAGAACGGGGCAAAACGAGUCGCCCAGGGAACGGAAGAUGCUGGGAAAUGGAAAUAA